GUUGGCGCCUACACAGAGAACUCUAACAUCGUAAACGGAAUAAACGGAAUCGUAAACGGAAUACCUAAACGGAAUACCCACGACCUAGAACUAUCGUUCCGAUACUUCCCCGAACCCGAUGUUCGAACCCGAGGGCUCUACUUACAAACGGCACUUACCUACCUCCCCGCAGCGCUGUGGAAAAUCGAGAUAUGUAGAGAUAGAGGUAGAAGUAGAGAUGGAGAUGGAGAUGGAGUACGCCUCACGGUCCACGGCCCACGGCUCUGGCCCACAGUCCUGGUUAACGACUCGACGACUCGACGGCCGAGACAUCCUACAUACCACCUACGCACGCACGGAGCAUCGCGGCAUCGCCUCACGAGUCUCACCCAGCGGCCCGCACCGAAGAGUGAAACCCGGGCUGGCAGGGCGGUCCGACGAGACAUCUGCGCACGGAGACUCGAGAGUGGCUCCUGUCCACGAGACCCCCGCUCCCCUUGAGGCUUGCACUCGCUCCCCCCGCGCUACGCGCUGGACAGGUUGGAUGGAUGAAAGGAUGGGAGGAUGGAUGAGAGGAUGGAUGCCGAGCCCGUCAUCCGGUGCUCUACCGUAUUCUGCUUGGGUACUGGUGGUGCUAGCUACUAGCCGGCCAGUAGGAGGAGCAGCCGGCCCGAAGUUCGAACCAGUGCUCUCUCUCUCUCCGGCUAGUUGGAGGAAUCAUCCAGUCAAAUACCCGAGACUCGAGUCGUAGGCAAAACCGGUAUUGAUAGUGUGUUAACUAUUCCAAGUGGCAGCAGAAGCUCGGACGUUGCGACUCCCGGCAAAAGAAGAAGAAGCCGCAGAAGAGGAAAUCCGAUGGAUGGCUGAAAUUUGAAUCGA